AUGUCGAUUCUCAUCACCGGUGCGGGUGGUUACGUCGGCCAGGAAUUGGCCACUUCUCUCCUCGCAAGCACUCCAGCGACGACGACAGUGACAAUCACCGAUGUGGUCGAGCCUGAGAUCCCGGAGUCUGCCGCACAACUUGCAAGCCGUCUAAAGUGUGUCAAGGCCGAUCUCACCUCCACCAAAGAGGUCGACGAAUUGAUCACCGCCGCCCGUCCCUACGAAACAGUCUACCUUCUUCAUGGAAUCAUGUCCGGCGGCUCAGAAGCAAACUUUGAGCUGGGCAUCCAAGUCAACCUCGACUCGACACGAUACAUCCUUGACCGGCUACGCACCACCGCUCCCGGAACAAAGGUGGUCUUCACAUCAUCACUGGCAGUUUAUGGCCCUGCACCCCCUGGAUUCGUCAUUGAUGAGAAGAACUUCCCACCCGUGCCUUCAUCGUCAUAUGGAUCGCAGAAGCUCAUCGUCGAGACACUGCUGAAUGAUUACUCGCGACGAGGAUUCCUAGACGGCCGAUGCGUGCGUCUGCCAACAGUGACAGUGAGAGCCGGAAAGCCCACACAGGCUGCCAGCAGCUUCGCUAGUGAUAUCAUCCGCGAGCCAUUCCAUGGCAAGAAGGCUAUUCUGCCUGUGGCCAAGGAGACGGAGAUGUGGAUCUGCUCGCCGCACACUAUUAUCAAGAAUUUAAUCCAUGCCCGCACUGUUCCGAAGGAGGAGUUUGGAGAGUCAAGAUCUGUUAAUCUCCCUGGUUUGAAGGUUAGUAUUCAGCAGAUGCUGGAUGCAUUGCUGGAAGUUGGUGGACCGGAACGUCGGGCUCUCGUGGAGGAGAAAUAUGACGCUGCUACUGACAAGAUCGUGCAAUCCUGGACUCCUCAGUUUGAUACUGCGCGUGCGUUCAAAAUGGGAUUUUGCGCUGAUAUCUCCAUGAAGGAGAAUAUUAAGCAUUUUGCGAGCACAUUUGUAUGA